CCCAAAACCCUAGCAGCAGAGACUUCACUAACCCCAGCUCUGUUAGCUCUUACGCUUCGCCAAGUAUUGAUCUCUAGACUAGUCAUGGGUAGCGAGAGCAAAACCUCGAAUUUAGAAUCGGAGAAGAAGGCUCUUCUCCUCCGUUCGGUGGCUCAGUACUUGGAGCGAUGUGGGUUUUCCAAAUGCUUCAAGAAAUUGCUCUCCGAAGCUGAAAUCGAGAAGAAGGAAUUGAACUCUAGUUUACCUGAUCUGGAGGAAAUUUACAGCGAGUUUUUGAAUAAGAAGAAAGAUCCUGAAGCUGCAGUGAAUGGAAUUACCGAGGCGAAUGCAAUUGAAGUGGUGGAGAAUGUAAAAAAGGAGAAAAAGAAGAAGAAGAAGAAGGAAACAAAGGUGGAGGUGGCUGAGGAGGAGAAGGUUAAAGACACUGUGGAGGCUGAGAUUGAAGACGAAUUGAAAGAUAAAAAGAAGAAGAAAAAGAAGUCGAAAUCAGUGGAGGCUGAUGAUGAUGAUGAUGAGGAGAAAGUUUCUAAGAAACGGAAAAGAUCAGAGCCUGAGGAGACUAAACAUGAGGCUGAGGAUGAUGAUGAAGACUCAAAGCGUAGGAAGAGAGAAGAGAAAGUAGUAGAAGAGGACGAGGGUAUUCAAGAAACACCUGUUAAGCAAACUGACAUCCAGGAAAACAAGAAUGUUGAGAAAAGUGAAACGAAAUCGACAAAUCAGAAGUCAGGAAAAGGACUUUCCAACUCAAAAGAGCCGAAGAAACCGUUUCAGAGAGUGAACGUUGACGAAGUUGUGUUCAUUGAGAAUAGCAACGCGUAUGGGUCAAAGCCUGGUGCUCUCAAUGGUUAUGGCUAUAAAGCUCAAGAGAUUCUAGGGCAAGUGAGAGGAAGGGAUUUCCGACAUGAGAAGACCAAGAAGAAACGAGGAAGCUACAGAGGAGGAGAGAUCGAUCUCCAGUCACAUUCGUUUAAGUUUGACAACUCAGACGACGAUAAAUGAUUGAUAAGCAACAACACUGCUUUCUCUCUAUUGCUUCUCUUUUGAUUUAUCUUUAUCCGUUUUCUUUGUCUUCUGCUUUGAUCAUUUCAAUACCCAACAAAAGGGUCAAGUUUUGUGUCUGUUAACUCAUAUGAUACUCAUUAAGAACAAGAUUCAGUUUCAGUUUCUUUGUUCACUCAAA